CAUUUAGAAGAAGGAAAAAUAAUGAACGUACAAGGUACUAAAAGCCUUGUGAUUGCAAGUCUUGGAGAUAUAACUUCUGACUUGCCACAAGGAAAUGAUCUGGUCGGGGUUAAAAGGCAUAAUGCUACAAAAGGUUAUUGUACUUGUAGUAUGAACAAAAAUUUCUGGACGUCUGAUUAUAAUUUAUUAUUGAACUCUCACUAUCAACAACUUACGGAUAAUCAAUUUGAAGAAAUUGUUGUAGCAUCAACAUUAAUAGAACGUAAAGAAAUCUCUACAAGAUAUGGAUUGCACUUAUGUUUACCAAUAUUAAAUCAAUUGCGAUGGGAAAGACAUUUCCAAUCGCCACAUGACGUGUAUCAUGCUACUAGUGGUAAAGUGCUGAAGCUUCUUAAAAUGACAAUUGAUGCUUUUUCAUUAGAAGGGAAAUCUGCAUUUAUUGCAUUUCAUAAUGUCGGAUUGCUUAAGAUUGGCAAUGUGUUUCCUUUUAUUAUUAAUAAACUUUUGAAGUCUCAAUAUUUUAAGCAAUCUGAGAUUUACAAAUUGCAACAACGGCUAGACAUUUCGCGCAAUGAUUUAGCUAUAAAAGUCUGGCUAAAAUGUUGGCUAAUCGUAUCAAAAACAAUGGCGAUUUCAUUUAAGAAAUAUUUUACAGAAGAAGAUUAUGUCGAAUUGCAAGAAUGCUUGGAAAACGAAAGAAAAAUUCUAGCACAGUCAUUUGAAGACUUCGAAAAUCUUCCGAAUUUACAUAUUAAUUUUCAUAUGACUCAGCACGCUAGAAAUUAUGCUAAUUUAUUAAAUAUUGGUGUAGGAACAAAGGAAAUG